AUGACAAGCCACGACAACAAGGCAGCGGACUUGGAGGAACGUGUGUCGUACGUCCAAUCGAACACGGCCAAAGAUGUUGACGGGUACGCCGAAGCAAAAUCUCCCAAGGACCUGGAAGGGGGGGCGCUGGACUUGUUCUCGCGCGAAGCGUUUGCCCUCUUCAUGCAGUACGGCGCCAUCGGGAUCAUCUACGGCAUGAUCCCGUCGCUCAACUACCCCAUCUUCAACAUCUACCUCAACUUGGAGGGGAAUCAAACGUCGUCGUACGGCGUGCUCACCGUGAUCGGGUGGUCGUUCAAGUCGUGGAUGUUGAUCGGGUGGACCAUCACAAUGAUCUGUCUGAGUGUGAUGGCGUUUUCGCCGUUCGGCGAGCCGUUUUGCAACCGCGAAAAGACCAAGUUUUGCAGCACGCCGUUGGAAAAGGUGCCCAAGUCCGAGCUGCAGUACUUUAACUUGACCGCCCCCGACAACGGCACGCUGUUCAUCCUUCUGUCUAUGUUUAUCGCGUUUGGAUACGUCUUGGCUGCGAGUGCGUCAGACGCGAUGGUGGUCGAGUACGCCCAGCGAGAACCCGUGGCCAUCCGCGGCCGCAUCCAAACCGCCAUCUACACCGUGCGUGAGCUCACUGGCAUCCUCGCGUACUUGGUAACUGCGUUCGGGCUGAAUGGCCCCAACUACGCCGGGUCGUUUUCGUUUGCGUUGUCGCCGAAUGCUCCGUAUGGCAUUUGCUUGGUGCCUUGUGUGCUGGUAGUGCUCUCGACGGUAUUCUUGCUUGUGGAGAAGAAGACUGAGCCUUCGUCCUUCAUCCUAUGGUGGGGCACGUUUUGGGAAUCUCUCCAGAGUCGCGUGACGUGGCAAAUCUGUUUGUUCCGAUUCGUGAGCAACGUGUUUCAGGGCGUCCGCACCACUGCGGGUUUGCCCGUCUCGACGUACUGGGCGGGGGUCGAACCUCUCAACGAUUCGCUCUCGAGCAUCAUUGGUAGUUUGAUGUUUGCUGGUAUUUUGGUGGUUGUGGGCAAAUGGGGGCUUAACUGGAACUGGCGCUGGACCAUCACCGCAGGUACCCUCGGGAUGAUCAUCAUCGACGGCUUUGUCGUGUACAUGACCAUCUGGGACGUCGUGCGCAACCAGUGGUUUUUCACGGGUAUAGCGUUGGCCGACAAUAUUCCCCACGGCAUCCGCUUCAUCGUGUCCACGUACGUGGCCGUCGAAAUCGCCGACAAGGGCAACGAAGGCGCCAUUUAUGGCCUUGUGUCCACUGUGAACAACCUCGCGGGGCCGUUUGCCAGGAUAUUUUACAAGUACAUCAACUCGUACUUCAAAGUCCACCAGAACGACAUCAAGUCCGACACGCUCGAGGUGCGGUGGGACGUCGCGUACGUGUACAUGAUUUCGUACGGGUUCAAAGCGUUAAAGGCGCGUGGUGGCAAGAGCAAAGUGGCGGGGGUGAUCCUCGUGGCCACGUUUGUCGCCUGCGUGUCGUUCGCCGUGACCAGCAACAUCAUGUCCAUCUUCCCCUCGACCAAGUGUUACCGGAUCGCAGGGGGCAACGGAGUGCUGGACUCCAAGACGGGCAAGUGCCCCCUCAUGUAG